AUGGAGCCGUGCGUCAGGCGCGCCAAGGCGCUCCUUUGUUAUGUCUGGCUCUCGCACGCUCUGUUCUCGUGCAGCGGGGCGGCGCAGCUCAGCCCGAGCGUGGCCCUUGGCCAGUCAAGGAACGGCAGCAGUGCAGUACCUCGGAAAGGAGAUCCUAGUGCCCUGGGAGAGCAGGUAUCAGUUUAUAACUCUUCAUCUACCACAGUAUCAUCUUCCAGGGAAAGAAGAUUUCGCACCACAAUCUGUGAAUCAUCCAAUUCCUUCACAUGUUUUAAUGGAGGCGAGUGUGUGCACUGGCAGUUGUGUGACUGUAGUCGAUACAAUGCAACUGGAUCAAGAUGUCAGAUAGUAUAUAACACAGGAGCAGAACGAGACAAUAUAUGCCGAACGUGGGGACAGUACCAUUAUGAAACUUUUGAUGGGCUUUACUACUUUUUCUCUGGGAAAUCUACAUAUGUGCUUGUGAGGCAGAAUGAAAUGGAUGAGCAGAGCUUCUCUAUACAGGUACAUAAUGAUCCAGAGUGCAGUUCUUCCCCCUAUUCUUGUAAACGAUCUGUUAGUUUAUACUUUUCUGGAGAAGGGGAAAUCAGAUUAAGUAAUGAAGUUACUUACAGAGGAACUGGACUGCAGUUACCAUAUGCCAUAGGAAACCUGUACAUUCAAAAACUAGCUGGAUAUGUCAUUAUUAGACACCAGUAUGCAUUCUCUCUGGCAUGGGAUGGCACAUCUUCUGUUUAUAUUAAGAUGGCCCCUGACUAUCUGGGAAAAACUCGUGGAUUGUGUGGUAACAACAACGCCAUUUUGCAAGAUGAACUUGUUACGAGUUAUGGAACCCUUACAGAAGACAUUGAAGAGUUUGUAGAAAGCUGGAGAGAAAAUCUUCCCCAGGAUAAUAUUCUCUCCUGGGAUACCUCUUUUAACUUUGAGCCACCCUGUUUGACUCACACUCGAGCAUUUUUACAGAGGUCUUACACGUUAUGCAGCGUGCUACUGUGGCCCCCCUUCAAACUGUGUCAUGAAUUUGUGAGUCCAUAUCCUUUCAUGGCCAGUUGCACCAAUGACCUGUGCAUGUCAGCAGUUGGUAAUGCAACGUGGUGUCGAGCAUUAACAGAAUAUGCAAGGGCUUGCGCUCAAGCAGGAAAACCUCUUUAUGAGUGGCGGGCACAGUUUGAGCAAUGUGCUGUUGUAUGUGAGGAACAUCUUGUCUACAAUGAAUGUAUUGACUGCUGCCCUGCUUCAUGUCAGCAAAAAACUCACUGUGUUGACAGUGAACUUCCAUGUGUUGAUGGAUGCUACUGUCCAGAUGGAUUUAUUUAUGAAAACAGAUUAUGUGUAAACCCUACGGAAUGCCCUUGUGAUUACCAUGGAACUGUUCACAGAACUGGUUCUUUGAUUCAUGAAGAAUGCAACAAUUGCACAUGUGUUGGAGGAAAGUGGAUUUGCACAAAUCUUACCUGUCCAGCUGAAUGUUCGGUCUCGGGAGAUAUACACUUCAUGACAUUUGAUGGACGCAAGUACACAUUCCAAGCUACUUGCCAGUAUAUUCUGGCAAAAAGCCUUACUUCUAGUAAAUUUGCCGUUACUCUGCAGAAUGCUCCUUGUGGACAGAACCAAGAUGGAGCUUGUAUCCAAUCAGUCAGUCUUGUCCUUGACCAAGACUCCAAGAGGCAAGUGACUUUGACCCAUUCAGGAGAUGUUUUGGUAUAUGACCAGUACAAAAUUAAUCUGCCUUAUAUUGAUGAUUCUUUUGAAAUACGGAAACUUUCCUCUGUAUUUUUGCAAAUAAAGUCAUAUAUUGGAUUACAAAUAUUAUAUGACUGGGAGGGCUUGAGACUUUAUCUCCAAGCUGAUGCUAGGUGGAAAGAUGAUACUGUGGGGCUAUGUGGAACAUUUAAUGGAAAUACUGAAGAUGAUUUUCUAUCUCCAGUAGGAGUGCCAGAAAGUACACCUCAGCUUUUUGGAAAUGCCUGGAAAACUUCAUCAGCCUGUGGCCCUGAGCAUGACAGUUCACCAAUGGAUCCGUGUGAUGUUCACCUACAAGCAGCCUCUUAUUCAACAGAAGCUUGCAGCAUCGUUACGAAAGAACUCUUUGCUUCGUGCUUUUCCUAUCUGAGUCCUCUCCCCUAUUUUGAACAGUGUAGAAGAGAUACCUGCAAAUGCGGGCAGAUCUGUAUGUGUUCCGCUCUAGCCCAUUACGCCCAUCAGUGCCGCAGAUUUGGAGUAGUCAUAGACUUUCGAAGUAAUGUCCCAGAAUGUGCUCUUUCAUGUGAAGAUACAAAGGAGUACAGUACCUGUGUAUCUACCUGUGGCAGAACCUGCCAAGCAUUAUCCAUGCCAGAGACGUGCAGUGGUGAUUGUGCUGAAGGCUGCACCUGCCCUCCUGGAAUGUAUCUGAACAGCAAAACUGACAGAUGUGUACAACAAAGUAAAUGCCCCUGUUAUUUCCAGGGUAUUGACUAUCCACCGGGAGAAAAUAUAGUUACAUCUUUGGGAAAAUGCCACUGCAGAAAUGGACUGAUGAACUGUGAGGAUAGCAACACUGUUCAUGACUGCCCAGAUGAGCAAAUCUAUGUUAACUGUAGUAAUCUACAAACCAUGGAACUUGGCAGGGAAAGAACAUGCGAAAACCAGCUGCUGAACCUCACUGUUUCUACUCAUCAACCUUGUUUUUCAGGAUGCAUGUGUCCUCAGGGACUUGUUAAACAUGGCGAUGCAUGCUUCAAGCCAGAUGAGUGUCCAUGUUCUUGGAAGGGCAAAGAAUACUUUCCUGGAGACAAAGUAGUGUCUUCAUGCCAUACCUGCAUCUGCCAUCAUGGGUCAUUUGAAUGCACUUUCCACCCUUGCCCGUCAAUGUGUACUACAUAUGGAGAUCGCCAUUACAGGACUUUUGAUGGACUUUCUUUUGAUUACGUUGGAAAUUGCAAGGUUUACCUGGUUAAGAGUUCCUCGGUUACUAGUUUCUCAAUCAUCAUAGAAAAUCUUAAUUGCUUUAACACUGGAAUAAUUUGCAGAAAGUAUAUUUUCAUCAAUGUGGGAAAAUCAUUCAUAAUAUUUGAUGAUGACACCGGAGAUCCGAGUCCUUUGAGUUAUAUAGACAAACUACAACAAAUACAUAUAUGGAAAGCUGGCUUUUUCACACUUGUUCAUUUUCCUAAUGAACACAUUUCAGUAAUGUGGGAUCAACGAACAACUCUUCAUGUACAGACAGGUCCUCAAUGGCAGGGUGAGCUGACUGGAUUAUGUGGGAAUUUUGACUCAAAAACAGUAAAUGAAAUGAGGACUCCAGAAAAUUUUGAGUUAACAAAUGCACAAGAAUUUGGAAGUAGCUGGGCAGCUUCAGAGUGUGUUGACAGCUCUGACAUCCGGCAUCCAUGCAUUUUAAAUCCACUCAGAGAACCAUUCUCCAAGAAAGAAUGUGGGAUAUUGCUAAGUGAAGUAUUUGAGUCUUGUCAUCCAGUGGUUGAUGUCACCUGGUUUUAUUCCAACUGCUUAACGGACACAUGUGGUUGUAACCAGGGAGGAGACUGUGAAUGUUUCUGUACAAGUGUAUCAGCUUACGCACAUCAGUGUUGUCAGCAAGGAGUAACAGUAGACUGGAGGUCCCCUCGACUGUGUCCUUAUGACUGUGAAUAUGUCAAUAAGGUUCUCGGAAAAGGCCCCUACAAGCUGGUCAGCUAUUUGGACAGAGAAAUUGUAAUUACAGCCAAACUGCUGGAUGGUUCUGUUUUUCUGGCAAAAGGAGAUGGCCUGCCUUCUGCAGAGACAGUGAACUUUAUGUUGACCUCAGGAUUAUAUAAACUCAAAGCACACGAUCCAAACUUAGUUUCAUUUGAAACUGCUGACAGGCCAAAUUAUUUUCUUCAUUUGGCUUCCAAUGGUACCCUGGUUCUUUCCAAGUGGGAAAGAAAUGAGAUUUUUCACAAUAGAUCAACCUUUGCCGUGCAUAAGAACACCUGGCUUUCGGGAUACAGUUCCUUUGAGUCAUUUGCGGUGCCAGGAGCCUUCAUCAGCAUUUCAGGUUCUUCUGUGAAUGUUGUUAAAUACCAGCAUUCUGAGGCAUUCAGACUUUCUACACUUUUUAAACUUGUGGAUACAAAAUUCAGCCAUGUACAUUCUACCUGUGAAUGGCGCUACGAUGUCUGUACAAGUCCUUGUUUCAAAACAUGCCGAGAUCCUUUGGCAGAACACUGUCAGGCUGUACCCAAAGUGGAAGGAUGUGUACCCAUGUGUCCUUUAUAUAUGGUUCUGGAUGAAGUCACUCAACGAUGUGUCUACUUUGAAGACUGCAUAGAGCCUGCAACAAGAGUUCAUUUUCUACUAUCCACUUCAAAGACACCCACACUUUUACACACAUCCUCUGUGGCCCCUCAUACUUCUGAAGCAGCACUGAGUAAAGAGAUAACUACAUCUCCAAGGCCCAUAUCAAAAGGCAGAGAAACAACUCAUGUAUCCAAGUGGCAAUUCACUGCAGCAACAGAAAGAACUAAGCUUUCUACCCUUUUGUUACCAAAUACUACAGUUUUAGCCACCUCCACAGUAUCAAAUGUUUCAGAACAUUCUACUCCGGGUACAAGUGCAGUUUUUUCACCCCCAAAAUCUAGUUUCCCUUCCGUUGAAGUUCCCGUGUCUCCAGCUGCCAUUACAGGCCCAUCACCAGAUAAACAGACAAGUAGUACAACAAUCACUUCAACCCCAUCAGCAUCUCUAAUCACUGGAGCAGAAAGCAAACCAAUUUCUACUCUAAGUAUUAUUAGGAUUCCAUCAGUUAUUACAGACAGUGAAUCACCAGUCACAACUACAGCAGUAUCCAAAACUAAAGUAACAGGUGCUCCAAGUUUCCCUACCGAGGAGACGCAAGCAAAACUUGAAAAAAUUACAGAGAGUGCAACUUAUUCCAUGUCAACAUCAAGAACAGAAAGAACAAGUAAGUUCUUUACUAAACCAACCACAACAAAAGCUUUGGAGAUCUCAUCAUAUUUACCCAUAGCAAACAGAACAACAACGGCAGACAAAACAAAGCUUGGCAUAAGUCAACUGCCUAUAAUGGCUGCCAAUGUCACCAUAACUUCAUUUUCUCCUUUAUUUGCCGCAUUAUCAACACUAAAGCCAGUUGUGAAGCCAGUUCCUUCAGAAACAACAAAAACAACAGUUACUUUAACUAAGGAAGGAAUUAAAACUACAGUUAUUCCUGUGCCUACGCAGCUUCCUAUCACUGUACAAACUGCUUUACUCUCUUCAACUGUUAAAAAAGAAACGGCACAAACAACAGGAAGUUCAUCCACUCAUCCAUCAAGUUCAUAUUUUUCUCCAUAUUCAGCUACAACCGCAAAACCUGAUAUUCUUUCUACCAAAUUCCCUGGAGUUUUACAAACUGGAACAAUAAUUAAACAUUCCCCACUGAUACAGCUAAACCAGACAGAAGGUGUGACUACUUUACAAACCCAGCAUCCUGUUGCAACUCACACCUUAAGAGAAACACCUCCUUCCACAAAAGUAAUCUCUAAAAUGACUGUUUUCCCAGAAUCCCCAAAACUUAUUUCAGUGUCCCGGAAGACAUCUACGGAACACAAAGCACCUUUGUUCCUGAAAACUACAAAGAUGAGUGCUGUACCACAGCCUGUCAGCUUGACAAAAUCCGAUUUCACAAAAGAAUUCACAGAUGUGGCUGUCACAGUUCCACUAGUAACUACAAAAAUUGAGCCGGUUCAAACAACUGGAUAUUCAUUUUCUCUGCAUGCUAUGUCAAUGGGUCUUGAGACAACACAGUCAGAAGAAAUCACUAGUGUACCUACAAUAAAGCCUACUACUUUGAUUCCACCUAGUUUAGUCCCUCCAUUGCCUGAAGCUCAAGUUACAAUAGCUGCUACCCUACAACCAAUAACAACAAAACCCACAUCUUUUUCCCCAGUGUUUCCCCUUAUAACAGAGAUACAACGCACAGUAACCUCAAGAUCAACUCCAGAAUUGACAGUAAAGGCAGCUUUAGAUGACACUGGUGUUACUUUAUCCCCACACACUGAAUUUAGCAGCCAGUUAGCAAUUGUCAAAGAAGUAGCUUCAACUAAAGGACUGUCAACUUUAUCUACCUCAAUUACUUAUCCUCUGACAUCACUUUCUACUACACUAUACCUGGUAGAGACAACAGGUUCUCCAUAUACUUUAACACGAGAAAUGCCUGAAAUUCCAGCUACAGCGAAACAGCCAAUUGAGACAAAAGUAUCAGCCACAACUCCAGAGGCUACACAGUCUGUUGCUACUUCUCCAGUAGAAAGGAUCUCUUCCCAUGUGGAAGAAUUCUCUGUUCCAUUUUUGAUGACCAAAACAACUGGGAAGCAUAUUUUUUCACCAGCUUCUAAAGCCUACUUAACAACCAAAGGUACCACUGCAGCCUACCACUUUCCAGCUGAAGUGGCACGAACUAGUAUCCACCCCAAAAGUGCUUUGAGCACGGCUGAGUCAGCGGUUGAAGUUGCAACACCCUUCCCUUUCCAAAGUACUUCCGAACCAGUGGUUGCUCCUUCCAUUCCUUCAGUAUUUUCAACAAAGGUGCCUUUAACAAGUAAAAAAGAAAUACCGCCAACUCCAAAAGCUGAUGUGGGUCUUCAGACAACUUUACUUACAUCAACCAGACAAGCUACUGAUUUCACUUCCAGCAAAAGACCUUUGUUUACUACAUCUAAAGUUACCGCAACACUGCUGCCGUUAAAGGAAGGAGCAGUGGAUUUGACUCCUACUGAAAAGUCAGAACCUGAGUCACCUACUGCAAAGCUAGCAUUAACUCUUACAGAAUCUAGCACUUUAUCAGAGUCAACACCAUCUUCAUUUUUUACAUUGGAAGCACCAAAAACUCUAACUGUGAGUCAGAUAGAGUCACAGGAGGGGGCAUUUUUAACCCCACUAGUAUCGACAGCAAUCACAUCAUUGGGCAAGAGUGCUACAGAGAAGGUUUCAGCUUUAUCCAAGCAAGUGCCACUUUCGACUAUUUCCUAUAGUUCAGCAUUCCCUGCAUUUAGUGUGACUCCCGCUACCCCACAUUUUACGACUGAGUCAGCACCUCUGGGAAUAAGCGGCCUCACAACACAGAGUGUCACAAAAUCAUUAGCAGAGAAAACAGCAGGGAUAGGAGAACCUGUUACAACUUCCUUGUUUCCAGCAUCUUCUGUUGCUUUAGAAACCAAGAGUGUGAGCUCUCCAGAAACAGAGGCUGAUAGACCAGCACUGGUUACAGAGCUUCCAGAACUGCAUUUGCCAACCAAACAGUCACCGUCCUCCUUUUCUUCGCUUGGUUCUACCAUCCUAACCACAACAUUUGGGACACCAUCUGCCACGGAGGUGCUCACAUUUUCAACCAGCUCAGUUCCAGUUCUAGUUUUUCCAAAUGCUACAGUUGCCGCAACAAUUCCCACUUAUUUGUCUACCAAGCCAAUAUAUGAGUCCACGACAGAACAUUCUGUGGAACUGGCAACAGUUGAAGCUGCUUCUGCCGCUGCAGCAUCUGUUUUCAUGCCCUCCAGAGAAACAGCAACAUUACCAACAUGUAUUCCAAUUUCAGAGAAUGAAUGCAUAAAGCACAUUUGCUUGGAUGGACAACUAAUCCAAGUUAAUAGAUCACAGAACUGCCCAUACAAUGCAACACAGCCUGGCUGUGGAUUUCUAGGAUUUGCUGUUCAAAUUAAUGGAGAUAAAUGCUGCCCCAAAUGGGAAUGUGCAUGUCGUUGCACACUCUUCUCUGAUCUGAGCUAUAUCACCUUUGAUGGGCACCAUUUGGCUUUAUUUAAGGAAGCAUCCUAUGUUGUCGCCCAAACUUCAGAUGAAACUAUAAGCAUUCGUGUCACUGCCUGCAGAAACAUGCCUAUGCUGUGCCUGGCAUCACUGAAUUUAACAUAUUCAUCUAACCAGAUUAUUAUUGACCGUUUAAAUAGAAAGAUAGCAGUAAACUCAAGAUAUGCAUGGCCUACAGUUAGGAAAUAUGGAUUCAAAAUUGAGGACACUGGUUUCAUGUAUUUUAUUGAAACCCCCACAAGUAUUAGAAUUCAGUGGUUUCACACCACUGGUGUGAUGGUAAUAGAACUUAAUGCAACCAGCGUUCCAAAAGCAAACGGAUUAUGUGGUUUCUGUGAUGGAAGCUCAACAAAUGACCUCAUGCUACCUAACAGGACUGUUGUAAGUUCUGUGGAUGCUUCAGUUAUCUUUGUGGAUAGCUGGCAGGUGCCAAACACACUGAAGUACGUUGGAGAACCAAGAAGCCGUGAAACAAACUGUUCCAUCAUGGACUGUUCAUUAUGUUUAAAUAUGUUGUUGAACCAGACUUUCAGCAGCUGCCAUCCUUAUGUUUCUCCAGAUUCUUUUUGCGAUUUGUGGGUCCAAGAUACAGAAUAUAUUCAGAAUCCAUGUAUAGCACUGGCUGCCUAUGUAGCCAUGUGUAACAAAUUUAAUAUCUGCAUAGAAUGGAGGAGCUCCAAUUACUGUCCAUUUCCCUGCUCAGAAGGUUUUCUCUAUAAGGCCUGUAUACCUGCCUGUGAUAUACCCACUACUUGUCAGAAUAUGGACCCAGUACUUCAGGAUUCAGAUUCUUGUUUAAUACUCACAGAGGGAUGUGUCUGUGCAGAAGGAACCAUUUUGCACCGUGCUCAUUCUGCUCUGUGCAUCCCAGAAGAGAAGUGCGCUUGUACAGACAACUCUGGAGUGCCUCAUGCAUUGGGUGAGACUUGGAAAAGCUCCCUUAGCGGAUGUUGCAUGUACAAGUGUGUUGACAAUGACACUGUUACUCCCGUGGAGCACAAUUGUUCAGUUAGUCGAGAUGUUGAAUGCCAGCACUUUGGAGAAGUGGCCUUAAUUGUACCUGAUGAUCAGACCUGCUGUCCUCAGAAAGUCUGUACUUGUAAUCGGAGCCUCUGUGAAACAUUGGUUCCUGAAUGCAAAGGUCUAGAGAAGCUAGCUACAUAUUAUCGUGAUGAUUCUUGCUGUCCCAAUUAUACUUGUGAAUGUGAUCCAGCAAAAUGUGAGUCCAUGGAACAAAUUCCAAACUGUCAACCAGAUCAAACCCUGAUUGCUGCCCAUUUGGAAGGCACCUGCUGUGUAUCCCAUAUCUGUGCCUGUGGUAUUUGUUCUGAUCAAAUGCCAAAGUGCCAAGAAGGAGAGGUCCUUACUGUGGAUGGCAAUACUACAGACAGAUGCUGCCCUACUUACCAGUGUGUGUGUGAAACCUACCGUUGUCCUGAAUUCAAAUGUGUGUUAGGUAUGUCCUUGGUAGAAGUUUGGAGUCCGGAAAAGUGCUGUCCAUAUCGUACAUGUGAGUGUGCAUGUGAUACAAUUCCUAGGCCUCAGUGUAAGCUGGGAGAGAAAUUGAUUAUAGAUGAACAAUUCCAGAACAGUACGGAAAAUAUUUGUCACUGCACUAAGUACAAAUGUUGUAAAGACAAAGUGUGCCUGAACAACGAGAGAGGUGUUCUGCUUCCAGGACAAUCCAUUGUUGAACACACGCCUGAUGGUGUUUGUUACACUUCUUAUUGCACAAAUGUCAUUGAUCCAGUUACCAAAUACUUCCGGAUAAAUAUCUCCUCUGUAGACUGUGUGGCAAGGUGCAGAUCGAACCAGAUAUACGUACCCCCAAAAGAUUUAACAACCUGCUGUGGACAAUGCAAGAACGUGUCUUGUGUUCACUCUUUCAGCAACGGAACAGUUUCACGUUUUAAGCCUGGUACGAGUUGGGUUUCGAACUGUGUCAGAUAUGACUGCACACACACACCAGUUGGACCUGUGCUAAUUACAUCUUCGGUCAGUUGUCCACCCUUUAAUGAAACAGAAUGUGUGAAGGUUGGAGGAUAUAUUGUACCAUUCCUAGAUGGAUGCUGCAAAACAUGCAAGGAAGACGGAAAAUUCUGUAAAAAAGUCACUGUUAGAAUGACAAUACGCAAGAACGACUGCCGAAGUAACACACCGGUAAACAUUGUUUCCUGUGAUGGAAAGUGCCCUUCAGCCAGUAUAUAUAAUUAUAACAUCAAUGCAUACGCAAGAUUCUGCAAAUGCUGCAGAGAACUUGGACUGCAUAGACGAAAUGUGCAGCUAUAUUGCAGUAGCAACUCAACCUGGGUCAGCUACACAAUUCAAGAACCCACAGACUGUUCUUGCCAGUGGUCAUGAAGGGAUGCUAAAAGAAGUCAGGAAAUUGAUU